GUGACAAGAGCACAGAGAAUUGAUAGGCAACAUGCCGAGGUCUUUCCUGGUGAAGAGUAAGCGGGCCCACAGCUACCACCAGCACCGAUGCCGGGAUGACGUCUACAUCGGCCUGGAAGCGCUCCUGGCUCACAUCAGCUCAGAGGCAAAACGUCAAGUGGAGUCGAGCCUGGAGGCCGAGCCCGCGGACGGGCCGUGCCCGGGGCGCCCGCUGCUGUCACCGGCUUCACUGCCGUCCAGCUCGCCGCUGAGCUACGGAGCGAGCGACCGAGUUUCGGAUUGUGAUUUGUGGCGUCCCCCCUCUCCCUCCUACUCGCCAGAUUCAGCGGAGUCCUCCACACCCACAGCGGAGGACGGCCACCACUUCAACGUGUCCCUCUUCCCCGCUUACUCCUGGUCCUCCUACCCCGCUUCGGACCUGAGACGCACCGUCCCAGCUCCGUACCACCGACGCCUGCACCAGCUGGACCUGGAGCAGGGCCACGCGGAACCUCUGAGCAAUGGGCGCUACCGUGACUGCUCCGCUCCUAUCCAAAUCCAACAGAUUUGCAGGAUGAGGAACGCUGACGGCAUCUUUGGGGAGCUAAAACAGAAGCAAAGUGGACCUGAAAUCAUCAAGCGCGAAGACGACUUCACGUGCUUCAAUCAGAUCGACCCUGACGGCUCAUAUAAGUGCAUCAAGUGUUACAAGGUGUUCUCCACCCCCCACGGCCUGGAGGUCCACGUGAGGAGGUCCCACAGCGGGACGCGUCCGUUCGAGUGUGGCAUUUGCGGAAAAACCUUCGGCCACGCCGUCAGCCUGGACCAACACAGGGCGGUCCACUCACAGGAGAGGAGCUUCAGCUGCAAAAUCUGUGGGAAAAGCUUCAAGCGCUCGUCCACGCUGUCGACGCACCUUCUAAUCCACUCGGACACAAGGCCGUACCCGUGUCAGUACUGCGGGAAGAGGUUCCAUCAGAAGUCGGACAUGAAAAAGCACACGUUCAUCCACACAGGCGAGAAACCGCACAAGUGCCAAGUGUGCGGCAAGGCCUUCAGCCAGAGCUCCAACCUGAUCACGCACAGCAGGAAACACACGGGAUUCAAGCCGUUCGCCUGCGAUCUAUGCGGGAAAGGCUUCCAGAGGAAAGUGGAUCUGAGGAGGCACAGGGAGACCCAGCACGGAUUUAAAUAAUCGCUUCCUUUUCACCCUG